AGUCUCAAUGUCUACAUAUGGCGCGUGGGGCUCUACAAACCUGUAGGUUUGAUCAUGCGCAGCCAAAAAGUGGUGCACUAGAGUUCGAUGCAGUGCUUGGAAAAGGAGCCAUGAAGACAGUCUACAGGGCAUUCGAUGAAUUGAACGGUAUCGAGGUUGCCUGGAAUCAGGCAAAGUUGUGCGAUGUGCUUCGGUCUCCAGAUGCACUUCAGAGAAUGUACUCUGAAGUCCACUUGCUCAGCAGUCUUCAGCAUGAAUCAAUCAUUCGGUAUCACGCCUCUUGGGUUGAUGUCAGCCAGAGGACCUUUAAUUUUAUCACCGAAAUGUUCACUUCUGGAACAUUAAGAGAGUACGCACUAAGAAGUAACCCUUUUGUUUUUUUUGCCAUAUAAUUUUGCUGGGCCCGCCAGAUCCUCCACGGCCUAGUUUACCUCCACGGCCACGAUCCUCCAGUAAUACACAGAGAUCUCAAAUGUGACAACAUUUUCGUCAAUGGCCAUCUAGGCCAAGUCAAAAUUGGUGAUUUAGGCCUUGCUGCUGUUCUUCGAGGCUCACAGGCAGCUCACAGUGUUAUAGGUACUCCGGAGUUUAUGGCGCCAGAACUCUAUGAAGAAGAGUAUAAUGAACUUGUUGACAUAUACUCGUUUGGUAUGUGUGUGCUCGAAAUGCUCACCACUGAGUACCCUUACAGUGAAUGCCACAAUCCUGCUCAAAUCUACAAGAAAGUCACAACGGGAAAGCUACCAGAUGUUUUCUAUAGAAUACAAGACCCUGAAGCACAACGUUUCAUUGGUCGAUGCUUGGAGACCGCAUCCACGAGAUCAUCAGCUGAGGAGCUUUUAUUGGACCCUUUUCUUUUAGAUGAUGAUCACCGUGUUCCUCUUCCUACAUCGGCCUUUAAAGCUAUGGAUAUUGGCACAAGUAGGCAGGAACACCAAAAUAUGUCAGGUGAUUUUGAUCGAAGCAAAACCAUAAAGCGAACAGAUAUGACUAUCACUGGGAAGAUGAAUCCUGAAGACGAUACUAUCUUUUUGAAAGUUCAGAUUGCCGAUAAAGAUGGUCAUCUAAGGAACAUAUACUUCCCUUUUGACAUCCUCACCGACACACCAGUAGACGUUGCAAAUGAGAUGGUGAAGGAACUGGAGAUCACAGACCGAGAUCCAGCUGAAAUCGCCGAAGUGAUAGCUCAGGAGAUCUCAAUUCUGGUGCCAGAAUGGAACGGAGGAAUACAAGCUGAUCAACAUCAGCAGGAUCAUCAUGUGUACAACUAUGAAGAUGAUGCUGAAGACGGAAGUGGUCACCCUUUCUGUUAUCUGUCUUCUCCGAGUUCCUCGUAUCAGGGCUCAGUUUAUGGCAUGAACCAGCAUCGACAGAGCUGUAAUCGGAAUAGUGAGCCCUAUCAAGAUUUGGCAGGAGAUGGCCUAUUUCACGACGACGACGAAGACGACACAAGCUCAAUGCACUCUGGCAGGUACUCAUCAAUAAACUACUCCUCAGGCAAUGAGCAUGAAACCGAACCCCACCCCUCUCACACAAACAAGAAUCACAACCUGACGAGGUUCUUCCCUGAAGAAUGCCAAGUACCUGACCUCAAAUUUCAAAGGCAGUGCAGUAUGCCACCAUCCGAAUCCUCUUCAACAGUUUGCAGAGGCAAGAGGCAUGUUCACAACUGUUCGUUGCUGAGGAACCGAUCCUUUGUGGACCUGAGAAGCCAGUUGCUGCACCGGACGCUGGUGGAGGAGUUGAGCAGGCGGCACUUCAAGACAGUGGGGGCUGUGGAGAACAUCGGGUUUCAGAUGCCAUGUGGGAGUACGAACGAGGGGUCAUCGUCCGAGAGGAGAGAUUCUAGGGUGCAGCCCUGGAGGAGGAGGUAGAAGAGAGACGCUCUUGUUGUGAGGAUCUUUGUCAAUGGGAAGUUUUUGGUGGAGUAGAGAGGUGCACCUACUAGUGUGGAUGCUUGGUGUUUGUAAAUUAAGUUGUAUAUAGUGUGAGAGCAUUUGGUGUGUGCUUGUUACGAAUGCUGAUUGGUAAUAAGGGCAGCUUUGAUUGUCGCUUGCAAGAAUUCCGUGAGCUUCAGUUGUGGGAUCUUAAAUGGCUAGUUAUAUUUGUCUGUUUUCUUUUUGUAUUUAAAAAGAGAGGAGAUCUAUUUAUGUAGUUAAGUAAAGUCAAUGUUUGUUACCUCCACGGUUCUGUCA